AUGAGCGAACACGGUAAACGAGCACCCCGAGGACCUCGGACUAGGCCUGUCGGGCCGAUAGGUGAAAUCUUGGAGGAAGAUAGAGCGCCGCGCACCGCCGAGCCGGUUGGGCAAGAGCCGACUAUGGUUGGGAUUGUGCAAGCUCUGGGAGCUAUUGGAGACCUUAUGGGGCAGCAAGUGAAGAAUCAGAAUCUUGUUGCCGCCGCCGCCACCGGAGCCCCACCUAGACCGGUAGAGCAAUUUCUCAAGCUGAAACCGCCCAAGUUCUCUAGGAGCGGAGAUCCCGAAGCCGCCACUUCAUGGAUCGAGGAGUUGGAGAAAGCCUUUGACCUAUUAAGGUGUACCAAUGAGGAUAAGGUCAUCCUGGCCAUGUACCGGUUGCAAGGAAAUGCAAGUACAUGGUGGAGAGCUUCGAAGGACAUAGUAUUUCCCGAGGGUAUGGUCCCAAUGUGGGAUGCCUUCGUGGAGGCUUUUAAUGGAAAAUGCUUCUCCGACACCGCGAGAGAACAAAAGAUGGCUAAGUUCUUUCGCUUGCAUCAAAAUCGGAUGACAGUUGAUCAGUAUGAAGCCAAAUUUGCUAAACUAUCUAAGUAUGCUCCGAAACCGGUUGAAGACCCCGUGGAUAGGGCAAGAAGGUUCAGAGAGGGGCUGAAACCCGAAAUCAGAAUUGUGUUGAUACCAUUUAACCCGAAGGAUUACAACGACCUCUAUGAGAGAGCGUAG